AUGGCUGGGCUUGACGCGGUCGAGUUCGCUUCACCAACAUACCCAUCCGUUACCUAUUUUGCUCAUGUCAAUGCGGCUGCAGAUAUGAGUUUCAUUCAUUGCGACCUGAAUGAUCAAGAUACCGUCCUCUUUGCGCUUCAAACCUACCGCGUGGAUUGCGUCAUGCACUUUGCGGCAAACAGCCAUGUCCAACAUUCAUUUAGUGACCCUUUCACAUUCACACGGAACAAUGUUCUUGGGACGCAAAGCCUCUUGGAAGCUGUCAGAUCCUACGGAAAGGUAACACGCUUUAUACACGUGUCCACUGACGAAGUCUACGGUGAGAUGAACGGUGAAAUGGCAACAGAGGCGUUCACACCAAUGAGGCCCACAAAUCCUUAUUCGGCUAGCAAAGCUGCUGCAGAGAUGUUCGUGAUGGCAUAUCAGAAGAGCUUUGGCCUCCCAGCCAUCAUUGUACGCAGCAAUAACGUUUACGGCCCUGGGAAAUACCCCGAAAAGAUUAUUCCCAGGUUUACUGACCUGAUGCUCAAGGGUCACAAGCUUACUCUUCAAGGAAACGGAAGCAAUGCCCGUCGGUUUCUCUAUGGGGCAGACGCUGCCGAUGCAUUUGAUACUAUCCUGCACAAGGGUCAAGUAGGGGAAAUAUAUAACGUGGAUUCGAGCUAUGAGGUGACAAAUCGCAAGGUAGCGGCCAUGAUCCUUGAGCUAUUUGGACACGAUCCAGUCAAGGGUUUCGGUAACUUGGUCAGCUGGAUACCUGACCGCCCCUUUAACGAUAAUGAUUACGCUGUCGAUGGGAGCAAGCUUCAAGCGCUAGGCUGGACUCAAAGAAUUGACUUUGGUACCGGGCUCGCGAUGAGAGUUGAAUGGUACAGGAAACACAUGGCGAGCUGGUGGCACUACCAUUGUAUCCAGGAUGGCAAGCAACUGGUUACAGAAUCGUUUCCUGUUUAG